AUAGUACUAAGUCCACCGCAAGGAGGAUUACACUCGUUGACACAGAGUAACGUUCGUAGUUUAGCGGCAACUUUCCGUUACAGGCGCAGGGAGAGCACCGUCAGAAUGUCGCAGCCGUUAAACAGCCAGAUCCCGGGGAUGGAGGACACCAAAACUAACGGGACUCCUAAAUAUGAGUCUACUGGUACCGCCAAGUCCCUUCAAGGUUCAACCGUUAGUUUCCAUAACAUCCACUAUAAGGUGACGCAGAGGAGCGGCUGUCUGUGUAUCAAGAGGAAGACCACCACCAAAGACAUUCUCAUAGAUCUGAACGGUCUGAUGAAACCAGGGCUGAACGCUAUCAUGGGGGCCACAGGAAGCGGGAAGUCAUCGUUUCUGGAUGUGCUGGCAGCCAGGAAGGACCCAGCAGGUCUGGCUGGAGAGGUGUUGAUAGACGGAGCUCCUCAACCUCCCAACUUCAAAUGUCUCUCAGGAUACGUGGUCCAGGAUGAUGUGGUGAUGGGAACUCUGACUGUGAGGGAGAACUUCCGUUUCUCUGCAGCGUUGCGUCUUCCGUCCUCCGUCAGCCAGAAGGAGAAAGAGGACAAAGUCAACCGACUCAUCACAGAACUGGGCCUCACUAAAGUAGCAGACUCACGGGUUGGUACCCAGUUGAUCAGGGGAAUAUCAGGAGGGGAAAGGAAGAGGACAAACAUCGGUAUGGAGCUGAUCAUCGACCCUCCUGUUCUCUUUCUGGAUGAACCCACCACCGGCCUGGACGCAAGCACAGCUAACUCUGUACUACUACUGCUCAAGAGGAUGUCUAGUCAUGGCCGUACCAUCAUCCUGUCCAUCCACCAGCCUCGUUAUUCCAUCUUCCGUCUGUUUGACAGUCUGACUCUGCUGGUUAGCGGUAAACAGGUUUACCACGGCCCCGCUCAGAGUGCUCUGGACUACUUCUCUAACAUCGGAUACACUUGUGAACCCCACAACAACCCGGCUGACUUCUUCCUGGACGUGAUCAAUGGAGAUUCUACCUCCAUCGCCUUCGACAGGAUAAAGGAAGCAGACGACUCGGACCCAGACAGGGUAACCAGUUCCAGGCAGAACAUUGAGGACCAUCUGGUCCAGGAGUACCGGGGGAGUCAGUACUAUGGAGAAACCAAGGCCCAGUUAGAACGCAUCACCAUGAACAGAGAGUACAGGUUGAAGACUCCCUCUCGGACCAUCACGUACAACACCUCCUUCUCUACUCAGUUCAGAUGGGUCCUGAAGAGAACCUUCACUAACCUCAUCCUCAACCCUCAGACAUCCUUCGCUCAGAUUGGAGUGACUGUGUUCCUGGCCCUCAUCGUUGGGGCCAUAUUCUUCGGAGUGAAGAAUGACCAGAGUGGCUUACAGAACAGGAUGGGUGCUCUAUUCUUCAUCACCACCAAUCAGUGUUUCAGUUCCCUGUCUUCUGCUGAGCUCUUCAUCACUGAGAGAAAACUGUUCAUUCAUGAGUACAUCAGCGGUUACUACAGAGUAUCAGUCUACUUCCUGUGUAAGAUACUCAGUGACAUCAUCACCUUAAGGACACUCCCUUCCAUCGUCUUCAGCUGUGUGGCUUACUUCAUGAUCGGGUAUAAAGCUACAGUGGAGGCCUUCUUCCUGUUCAUGUUGACCGUAGCUCUGGUAGCCUAUACAGCUACUGCUAUGACCAUGGCUAUAUCAGCUGACCAGAGUGUUGUGGCGAUCGCCAACAUCUUCAUGACCAUAGCCUUCGUCUUCAUGAUGAUCUUCUCAGGCCUGCUGGUGAACCUGCCCAGUAUUGUUGAGUGGCUAGCCUGGUUCCAGUACCUCAGCAUCCCUCGGUACGGACUAACAGCUCUCCAAAUUAAUGAGUUUGUAGGUCUCCAGUUCUGUGGAGACAUUCCCCUCAACGGCACCUUGCCCCCUGGUAUGACAUGCACGGGGGAAGACUUUCUGAAGAACCAGGGGAUCGACUACACCACGUGGGGGCUGUGGCAGAAUCACGUUGCCCUGGCGAUCAUGACCGUAAUCUUCCUGUUGAUCGCGUACUUCAAACUACGCUUCAUCAAGAAGUUCACAUAGAGGUCAGGGGUCACGGGUUAAGCCUAUUGUACACCUUCCCUUGUCCUCCUCUCAAACUAAAUGCUGCAACUUCCACUGACAUGUCAGCGUCCGCAGGACACUUUUUAAGGGAGCAAAAAUUUGAUCGAAGCGGAAGGUGAAAUUAGGCAUUAGAGGUCAUCGUCGCCAUCAUCAUCAUCAUCAUCAUCAUCAUCAUCCGACAGCUAUUGUGCCAAACCAAUAAAUGCAAUGAUUUCUCUACCAAUGUGUCUUAUCUAUACAGAUGUUUUAAAUCAUGUCUCAAGAUGUCUAUGUGAUUUAUUUUUGAACCAUUCAUGUUUUUAUGACGUUCAAUUUGUUAAAUGUUUUAUUGAUUCGUGUAUUGAUGCCUACGGUUGAACAGGGCCCCUAGGAUUCUGGCCACAAGUAGUUCCCUACGGUUGAACAGGGCCCCUAGGACUCUGGCCACAAGUAGUUCCCUACGGUUGAACAGGGCCCCUAGGACUCUGGCCACAAGUAGUUCCUUACGGUUGAACAGGGCCCCUAGGACUCUGGACAUAAGUAGUUCCCUACGGUUGAACAGGGUCCUUAGGACUCUGGCCACAAGUAGUUCCCUACGGUUGAACAGGGCCCCUAGGA